AUGCUUUUGAAGACACCCCAGGAAAGACAAUUGCUCACUGCAAUAGGUUGGGAUCCGAAUGACCAAAUGUUGCCCAUUGCAUAUGCGGUAGUAGAGGCCGACACCAAGGACUCAUGGACUUGGUUCUUAAAUCAUCUUGUAUCUGACCUUGGGAUUGAGAAUAUGGGAAGAUCCACAUUCAUGUCCGACCAACAGAAAGGUUUGUUGCCAGUAUACGAGGAUGUUAUACUAGGAGUAGACAACCAAUUCUGUGUGAGACACUUAUACAAUAACUUCAGAAAAAGAAGAUGGCAGAUGAGUGGCAUACUUUGUGUCCAUGCUAUUAUUAGCAUCAAAUUCAAGGGACUUGACUUGGAACCUUUUGUUGCCGACUGUUAUAAGAAAGAAGCGUACUUGAAGUGCUACAAGUCUGUCAUACACCCAUUGAACGGACCUGAUCUUUGGGAAAGAACAUCACAUCAUGAUGUUAUGCCACUCCCGUAUAGAAGGCCUAGUCACAGGCCAGUGAAAAAGAGGAAACCAGCUACUAGAGAGAAAGAACAGAGCAACCACACUCACUUGUCAAGGAAGGUGGAGAAACUAAGAUGCUUAAUAUGUGGUUCAGUUGGACACAACAAAAAUAGAUGUCCUAAACCUAUUGAAGAUGAAGCCCAACAUUCAAAGAAGCUUAGCAAAGGCAAACAGAAGAAGGAAAGCACCAAAUCACAUCCUCCGGCUGCCAAAGGAGGAAGAAAGAUUGCAUCUUCACAACCCACUCCUAAAUUGAGUGUCAAGAGGAAAGCUAUUUCAACAACACAGCUACCAUCCUUAGCCCAGUCCAACUCUGCAACACAGCCAAAAAGGCUUAGAGGGAACCACUAA